AGAUUCCUGGCAUCGAAGGCGAAUAACAAGGAGCAGCCCCCUUCCUCUCUCUCUCUCUCUCUCUCUCUCUCUCCAUCUCGCCCCCGUCGCGCCUCUCGCUGCGACCAAACCUAGGGUUUGGUUUCGUGUCCGAUUUGUUCGCGGCUGGAGAUUUCUCGAGGGAUUUUCGAGCUCUUUGGGCAGGCUGAGGUGGGGGUGAAACUUUCGUUAUGCGUUUGGGGGGCAGAGGGGCCGGAUCUUGGACGGAGACUGAUGCAGGAGGGAAGGGGGAUGCGGUUGAUCUGCCGGUGCUGUUGUCUCUGUUAGUGGUUCUGUCGGACGGUGUAGUGUAGCUGUCCCUUCGUCGAGGGCUUGUGAGUACGGUUGGGAUUGGAUCUGUUCGCCGUGUUUAAUCGGUGGGUCGGUGGAAUACAGCGCGUGAGUCGGUGAGUGGGUCUUCGGGAUUCAAUACAGAGUUUGGCAGGAUAAAUGCGGUUGGUUCCCGUGGCGAUCUGUCCCUUUUGACUUCUCGUGCAUAAUUUUUUGCGGCGCCUGGGAUAAGGAAAGGCAAAGGAGCGGUGAAGAAAGCGGUAGAAGAGAAGAGAAAAGAAGCAAAUUUGUUUUUUUUUUUGUGCGAGGAAUUUCUAGUGGCUGUACAAAUGCAGCAAGAUCAGCGUAAGAAGAAUUCACCGGAGCUAGAGUUUUUCAGCGACUAUGGUGAUGCUAACAGAUAUAAAAUUCAGGAGGUUAUUGGCAAAGGUAGCUACGGAGUGGUCUGUUCAGCAAUUGAUACACAUACUGGUGAGAAGGUCGCAAUCAAGAAGAUCCAUGAUAUUUUUGAGCACAUCUCUGAUGCUGUCAGAAUCCUUCGUGAGAUCAAACUUCUUCGUCUUCUAAGACAUCCUGACAUAGUUGAAAUCAAACACAUAAUGCUACCUUCGUCAAGGAGGGAUUUCAAAGAUAUUUAUGUUGUUUUUGAGCUCAUGGAGUCUGAUCUUCACCAAGUCAUUAAGGCAAAUGAUGACUUGACAAAAGAACACUAUCAAUUUUUUCUUUAUCAGUUGCUCCGUGCUUUAAAAUAUAUCCACACAGCUAAUGUGUAUCACCGUGAUUUAAAGCCAAAGAACAUACUAGCAAAUGCAAACUGCAAACUGAAGAUUUGUGAUUUUGGAUUAGCAAGAGUUGCGUUUAGUGAUACUCCCACAACAAUUUUUUGGACGGAUUAUGUUGCAACCAGAUGGUACAGGGCCCCUGAGUUAUGUGGAUCAUUUUUUUCUAAGUAUACUCCUGCUAUUGAUAUUUGGAGCAUUGGUUGCAUAUUUGCUGAAGUACUAACAGGCAAGCCACUCUUCCCUGGCAAAAAUGUGGUUCAUCAGUUGGAUUUGAUGACUGAUCUUCUGGGGACACCUUCCUUGGAUACAAUUUCUCGGGUUCGAAAUGAGAAAGCAAGGAGGUAUUUGAGCAGCAUGAGGAAGAAACAAUCAGUACCACUUGCACAGAAGUUUCCCAAUGCAGAUCCAUUGGCAUUAAAACUUUUAGAGAGGCUGCUAGCCUUUGAUCCUAAGGAUAGACCAACUGCUGAAGAGGCACUGGCUGAUCCAUAUUUUAAAGGUCUUGCCAAAGUAGAGAGGGAACCAUUUUGCCAACCCAUCACAAAAAUGGAGUUUGAGUUUGAGCGCAGAAGGUUGACUAAAGAUGACAUUCGAGAGCUUAUCUUUCGUGAGAUAUUGGAGUAUCAUCCUCAGUUACUCAAAGACUACGUUAAUGGAACUGAAAGAACAAAUUUUCUGUAUCCUAGGUUUGAUGUUCAUGUUCACCAUCCUUCAAUAUUUUUAUACAUCUCUUUCUCAGGUAUUUUCUUAUUCUCAAUACUCCCUGUUUUCUGUUUAUGCAGUGCUGUGGAUCAGUUUAGAAAGCAAUUUGCUUACCUUGAGGAGAAUGGUGGUAAAAGUGGACCUGUAAUUCCACUAGAUAGGAAACAUGUUUCUCUUCCUAGGUCAACGGUUGUCCAUUCCUCUACUGCUUCUCCAAUGGGACAAACCAAUAUGGGCACUUCCAGAGACAGACAAGGCAGUGAUGAGGCUUGCAAGAAUCCUCGAGAAACCGAAAGGUUGUCUGGAAAUAUAACAAGGACUUCGCAGGCACCACAACGGGUUCCAACUGCUCGGCCAGGAAAAGCUAUUGGUCCUGUCUUGCCUUACGAUAGUGUGACUGUGAAAGAUGCCUAUGAUCCUAGACGGUUCAUUAGGAAUCCUGUUCUUACACCACAACCUUCAGCAUAUUGUUUUCCCGGUAGCUCGGGCAAGUUGGAUAGCUACAAUAGAGAACCAAUGGAAGCCGAAAGUGAAUCCGUUCAACAUAAGCCUCCACAACCACACUUGCACAAUAAGAUGACAUCGGAUAUAGCUCUCGAGAUGAGAACAUCCCCAUUUUAUCUCACAGGAACUAAGACCGAGCGGAUCGAGAGGGACAACAGCAUACUAGAAGCAAGCCUGGUGCAUGCAAAAUCUCCUUACAAUGGACUUGUAGCAGCCGCAGCAGGAGGUGCUGUAGCGCAUAGAAAAGUUGGCGCUGUUCAGUUUGGUAUGACCAAGAUGUAUUAGGCACAGAUCACAGAUUUAAAUGGGAUGAGCAGGAAAAUGAAAGGUGGGUUUUGGAAAAUUGAAAUGCCAAGAGUAGCAGCCACUGGGAAGACGACAGGAGAAUUGAAUGCAGAAAGCACAGAGGAUAGGAUGGCAUAUUAUGCCCGGGCGAUUGAAGUGGCAAUUUUAUAAUGCAUGCUUGACAUGUGCAUUUCUUACUCUGAAGGCAAACACGUAAAAAAGUUCUUGUAAACGUGGCAGUAAUGAUAACUGUUCAUCCUUUGCUUACAAAAUAGAAAUUGGUUUUCUCUGUAACUUUAUUCUAAUCAGGUGGUUUGUUUACCAGACUGUACAGAUACAUUUGCUGGGGUUUAUUAGUUGAGAAGUUCCGGAUGUUUGUCACAAUAUACAUACUUGGUGUUUGUCAAAUACAAAAGAAAAGGAUCAAUGGCAAUGUAAUGUAAUUUUGAUUGUGAGGA